AUGAGUAUUGAUAAUGAAGCCCUCUAUGAUAUCUGUUUUAGAACCCUGAAAUUGACCACUCCCACAUAUGGCGACCUGAACCAUCUAGUGUCAGCAACCAUGAGUGGCGUCACCACUUGCUUAUGUUUCCCAGGGCAGUUUAACGCUGGCAGUGACCAUGUCCCCUUUUCCCGUCUGCACUUCUUUAUGCCUCGCUUUGAUCCACUGACUAGCCAUGGCAGCCAGCAGUACUGUGCUUUAACUGUGCCACAGCUCACCCAGCAGAUGUUUGAUGCAAAGAACAUGAUGGCUGCUUGUGACCCGAAGCAUGGGCACUAUCUUAUGUUGGCAGCCAUGUUCAGAGGCCGUAUGUCCAUGAAGGAGGUAGACGAGCAAAUGCUCAAUGUUCAAAACAAGAACAGCAGUUAUUUUGUUGAAUGGAUUCCCAAUAAUGUGAAUAUGGCCAUUUAUGACAUCCCACCCCUGGGCCUGAAAAUGUCUGCCACCUUCAUUGGUAACAGUACUGCCAUCCAAGAGCUCUUUAAGUGCAUUUCUGAGCAGUUUACAGCCAUGUUCCGCAGAACGGCUUUCUUACACUGGCAUACUGGAGAGGGCAUCGAUGAAAUUGAAUUCACUGAAGCAGAAAGCAACAUGAAUGAUUUGGUUUCUGAGUAUCAGCAGUAUCAGGAUGCCACAGCUGAGGAGGAGGGAGAAUUUGAGGAGGAGGCUGGAGAGGAGUUGGCAUAA